UUCCGAUGUAGUUGGUGGGAAAAAUGGGUAGCAGCCAAGCAGCAGUUUCCAUGAAGCUUCAACCGUGGCUCCCUCAAGCAGCUAACAGCAGCAUCAGCAACAAAAUCUCUCUCGAAGGAAACCUACUUCCGGGUCAUCAUCAUCUUCUUCUUCGAAUUCGGCUCAACAAAUUUCUCCCCCGACUCGAAUAGUUUAUCGAGAAUUGUCUUCCAAGUCCAAUCUCAAUUUGCCCUUUUGGCAAACUACCUGGUUCAUUGGCUUACUUUUACUAAUGGCAAUCUCGUUUUUCGGUCUCGUCAUUUUCCUUUUUCUUACCCUUGACUCCGAUUUCACCUCUUCCCCCAUCUCUACCGCUUCCGAAGGCGUCCAGAUUACUUAUGGGUCAGUGAUCAAGUUGAUGCAUGAGAGAACAAAGUUUAGGCUGCAUUCGCAUGAUGUACCAUAUGGCUCUGGUAGUGGGCAGCAAUCCGUCACUGGUUUUCCCAAUGUUGAUGACUCAAACAGCUAUUGGAUUGUUAGACCCGUACCAGAUACCAACGCCCAACAAGGGGAUACAAUCAAAGGUGGUACCACCAUCAGGCUGCAACACACGAGGACCAGAAAAUGGUUACAUAGCCACUUGCUAAAUGUACCCAGCAGACCUGUUCGAAAGAGCUGAGAUCAACUCAGUUUUAGACUGGCAUCACGCCAAUCUACGACAUAGUUCAGACCACACUUUUGGAUUACAUCAGGAAAAGCAAGGUGGCAGCAUCUGAAGCAGGUGGAAUUACUCAAGGCAUGGGGGCAUACAAGGUACAAGUACCUUUUGAUGGCA